UGCAGUUGUUGAGGUAUAUAAACAAUCGCACAAAGUUAUAUAUUAUCUACACAUUCUCAUUGUAGAAAGGCAAUAAAAAAGAUGAAUUCUAAAAUAUUGGUUGCAUUCGCAAUUCUACUGUUUAUAUCAACAGCUCAACAACAAGGUGUAAGCAAAAAACAUAGUCAUAAAAAGAAACAUCGUGGUAGUUCAUCCUUAAAAAGAAUUAUUGGUGGUACAGAUGUCGACAUAUCAGAUUAUAAAUAUUACGUUGGUGUUAUAAACGCUAAGAGUGUAUUUUGUGGCGGAGCUUUGGUGACGGUGAACAGAGUUCUUACAGCUGCUCAUUGUGCAGCUGGGAAAGGGACUCAACCAUUAAAAGUGUUUCCCGGAACGCAAAGUUUUAGAAAAAUGGCCGUGAGUCCACCUGAAGCACCAUAUUAUAAUACGAGUGAUGUAAAAAUUCAUGAAAAAUAUGAGACCAAACAUUAUACUUAUGAUAUAGCCAUCUUGUACUUGGACAAAGACGUUAAGUUGGGUGGUAAUGUAGCAACAAUCGACGUUGCACCCAAACCGCCACCGGUUGGUGCUUCGGUUACUUUAGUCGGACACGGAUCCGUAAGUUGUGAUUCACUCGAUGAGUAUGGAUUUUGUGCGGGAGAUUUUUCUGAAAGUCUACAGAAAACUGACAUGAAAGUUUCUAAAGUUGAAGACCCUGAACUGUACCUUAAAAUGACUCCAAAUAGGCCAUGCCAAGGGGAUUCUGGUGGUCCAUUCACGUACAAAGGACAAUUAGUAGCAGUUGCAAGUCACUCAUCAUCUCAGCAUUGCCAAGGAACAGCAGAUGUGGAGACUUUAACUAGUGGCAAGAUUAUGUUGAAAUUUUUAGCUAAUAGUGGUAUUACACCGGCUAAUGUUGACUAAUUUAUUUCAUUAUUUUUGAAGUUUGUCUAAACUUCACCAUAUUAAUGUAUGGUGUUUCUUAUUUACUGUAUUUGGUGGUGGGUUAUUGGGAAUGGGAAAGCGUAAUAAAAUAUUCAA